AUGAAUGCUUUGCGCAAGCUCAUUCAAAGUUCCCUCCAAAAUCUCUCGAUUCAAAUUCUGGGUGACACCAUUCACGCGCUGCACCUGCUUCAUCUCAUGCAGCUCGUUCGAUCUGGGGACGUCAUUAAGCUCGUCGAAACGACCGAAGGCUUCUUGGGCGCAUGGAUGUAUGGCCAGUUCACGCGGCCGCCGCGUUGGCGCUGCAAACCAACCGAAUAA